CUAUCACUAACAAAAUAACUCUAACAUAUAUAAUCUUAAUAUCCAUAACCAAUAUGUCUCAUAUACUCGCGGCGAAACUCGAUUGCCAAUGCGGCGGAAAGGGCAGUCCAAUCGAUUCCGUUGUAGCCCCAAUCAAUACGGAAUUGAGUUGUAUGCAGAAGGUGAUUGCAAAGGUGAGGAAAAUUCAGAUGAUCGCACUUUUCCAAAGGGACGCUGAGAUGUACAAGGCUGAGCUGCGAGCUAUGAACCUCUCUCUGUGGCACGAAGUUGGUCAUUUAUACUGCAAGGGCACAAAGUCAAGUGGAUGACCAACAUGUGGAUGAAAGUUUCCUUUUUCAGAGGGAUUUUUGAGAACUAAUUUAUAUUUUUCAAUUUCUUUUCCAAAUAGUUCAAUAUUUUGAAAUAAAUCUAAUAAAGGUAAUCAAGCUGAUAUAUAUCAGUUUA